AUGGCUUCCAUCAUGCGUCCUUCCAUUCUGCGCCAGGCGGCUAUGAGCCGCAGUGUCUUUGCUCAGCCUGUCAUGCGCAACACCGUGCUCCGCGCCGCUGCUCUGCACACCACCGCCAAGCGCCCUGCUUUCCUUCCCCCGGGUCCCCAGGUCAUCCACGGCUCAGUCAACGACCCUGCUCCUAUCCCCCACGCCAACGCCGCCCACGGCUCCUACCACUGGGCUUUUGAGCGCCUUCUCGCUGCCUCUCUCGUCCCUCUCUCCAUCGCUCCCUUCGCUUCCGGCUCUCUCAACCCCACCCUCGACGCCAUCCUGUGCUCGGCUCUGCUCCUGCACUCCCACAUUGGCUUCCAGUCCGUCAUCAUCGACUACAUUCCCAAGCGCACGUACGCCGGCCUCCACAAGUUCUUCAUGUGGGCACUGAACCUCGCCACCGUCGCUGUUGGUGUGUCCCUGUACGAGUUUGAGACGAACGACGUUGGUGUCACCGAGGCCAUCAAGCGUGUCUGGAAGUCAAACUCCAAGUCCGAGUAA